GCAGUAAUUUGCUUCUGUCUGUGAAACAGAACUCCGCGUGGAACUAAUGAGAAAGGAGUUGCUCUGAUUUGCACAGCCCUUGAGCUCAAGCCGUCUGUGCAGAAUUCUUGGGCGACUCACACACAGCCGUGGAUGCGUCCUGUGCAUCCAUGUGACACAUAGAGAGACCGAGUCGGUCUGAGUGAUUAAGUGCUCCCGCUUCAACUAAGUACUGUGUAGUUUGGAUCAAGAUAGGAGCCAGGUUGUCUGCCGGACGGCGUGCUUUCCACACGACGGCCAGAUCAGGAAUUCGUGUUAACAGCUGGUGCACUGGAUUUGCUGAAGGAACUUAAGAAUAUUCCUAUGACCCUGGAAUUAUUACAGUCCACAAGAAUUGGAAUGUCAGUUAAUGCUAUUCGCAAGCAGAGUACAGAUGAAGAAGUUACAUCUUUAGCAAAGUCUCUCAUAAAAUCCUGGAAAAAGUUACUAGAUGGGCCAUCAACUGAGAAAGACCCUGACGAAAAGAAAAAAGAACCUGCAAUUACAUCACAGAAUAGCCCUGAAGCAAGAGAAGAAAGUAGCUCCAGCAGCAAUGUAAGCAGCAGAAAGGAUGAGACAAAUGCUCGAGAUACUUAUGUUUCAUCUUUUCCUCGGGCACCAAGUACUUCUGAUUCUGUGCGAUUAAAGUGUAGGGAGAUGCUUGCUGCAGCUCUUCGAACAGGAGAUGACUACAUUGCCAUUGGAGCUGAUGAGGAAGAAUUAGGAUCUCAAAUUGAGGAGGCUAUAUAUCAAGAAAUAAGGAAUACAGACAUGAAAUACAAAAAUAGAGUACGAAGUAGGAUAUCAAAUCUUAAAGAUGCAAAGAAUCCAAAUUUAAGGAAAAAUGUACUGUGCGGGAAUAUUCCUCCUGACUUAUUUGCUAGAAUGACAGCAGAGGAAAUGGCUAGUGAUGAGCUCAAAGAGAUGCGGAAAAACUUGACCAAAGAAGCCAUCCGAGAACAUCAGAUGGCCAAGACAGGUGGAACCCAGACUGACUUGUUCACAUGUGGCAAAUGUAAAAAGAAGAAUUGCACUUACACACAGGUACAAACCCGUAGUGCUGAUGAACCAAUGACAACAUUUGUUGUCUGUAACGAAUGUGGAAAUCGAUGGAAGUUCUGUUGAGUUGGAAGAAUUGGAAAUAUGUCUGGACCAUUAAGAAAACGGAUUUUGUAAUUAGCUUUAAAACUAGGCCAAGCAACUAGUUUCCUGCAGAUCAGAUUUUUAAAGCAGCAUAUAUCCCUUGGGUUAGUCUUUGUUUUUGACCUAACAUCUCUUCCUUAAAUGCCUUCAGUAGUUUCAGAUCAGUAGGGAGACCAUAUAAUAAUUGUAUGGCAUCUGUUUCAAAACAUUUCCUUUGUUUUUUAAAUAAGUUGUUAUUAAACUUUUAUCAAUUAAACUUCUGGCAGUUUAUUUUAAUUUUUUUUCCCUUCUUAAAGGAAAAUGUACCUUCACUUACUUUUUACAGUGUGAAACAUACACAGUAAAAAUUCUGUUAUUCUUUGUUACUAAUACAAAAAUGGAAAUUACAUUUUUUUCCUAUAUUGGCAUGUAUCUACAGAUAUUAGGGGAGGAGAAAAGGUAAUAUAAUUUUAGUUUUACCAAAUAUGGUGUGUAUUCAGAUAAUACUUGACCAGCUUAUCUAAAUUGUACAUAAUAUUUGAACUAGCGUAUGAAUUUGAUUUUAAUUAUUAUGUUCACAAACCUUGGAUAUUAGAUACUGUUUUGCAUCUGUAACUAACCGUGAUCAUCAUUUCUUGUAAUUUCUUGUAUAUGUAUGUUACUUGUUCUUAAUAGAUUUUACUUUUGGAAACACGACUUUGUUGAGAUUAAUUUGAUUUUGUUGUUAAAUUACCUUUUUGACUGUGUAGUGUACUUUAGUUUUGCAGAAGAACACUGUUGUAUUUUAGAAGGCUUUUCUUUUCAUAAAUCCCCUCACAGGCAAAGA